GUUCUUUCAACAACUGCACAUGCUACAAAUAAUAUAGACGCCCCUUUAAUAUGCAAACACUUGCUGCUGAAUAAUUUAGUCAAUUUUUAACGCCUCGCUUUGAGAAAAAAAAUUAUAAAACAAAAAAAAAAAUAGUUGAAUGUCAUAAUAGAAACUCGUGCGCGUUGUUAACAAAAGCUUCAGUCGCCGUUUAAAGUGAAAAAUACAAAAUUAUAAAAGAAAAACAAAUGGAGACGAUGAAAAAGAGUAGCGAAAACAAAUAAUGACCGGCAGUGUUUAAGCCAGUUGACUCAUAACGUCAUUAAGAUAUAUAAGUGCAAAUAUACAUAAGUAGAUAUCAGUGCAAUUUCUAAUACAGGGUAUAAAAAUAUAAAACUGGCAACACUUGCCAAUGGAUAUUAAUUAAAAACUAACUGUGUGUGUGUGUGUGUGUGUGUGUUUGCAUGUGUGCACGCGAGUGUGUUCACAUAAAUAAAAAGCAAAUGGUGAAUAAAAAAAACGAAUCAUGGCGAUGUAAAUAAGGUGUUCCGGACGGAAGCCGGCGGAAAUCAAAGCAACGCCUGCCUAAAGUAAACUUCUUGGUGUCCUUCACGCAGCUCGCACCGCUCCACUCUGCUUCCCUCCGCUCCGCUCACUCCGCUUCCGCUGCUCACCCCGACCGCUGCUGAUUACGUAAUUACAUGAAUGUUAAUUUUUUGUGCUGGCUUUGUUUUGCCAGUGGCAGCGGCAAGGGAGCGGUACAUGCAUAUAUCAGCAGAGUCACGAACAAUUAAGGAAAGGCAAACAGAGCGAGCAUAAAAUGAUGAAAGAAGUUCCGUCUUAAAUGCGGCAGGAAAUGACACGAAAGCCUGGCAGCGAACGCAGUAAAUAUUUGUGAAGCAGCACUUUAAACAAUCAGCCCGAACAACUUGACAAUAACAACAUCGACAUCAGGAACAACGGCCCCCACUUAACAAGUUGUUGUUAUUAAGCACGCAAGACAGCUUUAGAAUGAAAUGGAGAUGCAAAGUGAGGCUGGUCAUGGACCAACAUCAGCAACGACACCUGAAGAAUCAACAAACGGAACAUCUACAACAUUCACAUACAAGCUACGCGAUUUCAAUUGUCGUGUGGUACAGCAGACGGCAGAGCACGAGCUCUGGCAGCCAUUCAUUAACUGCGAGGCAACAACACAAGGCAACAACAUCGGCAACAAUUACAAAAACAGCAGCAAAACAUUCCAAUGCACAUUGCAAGGACUCAAUAGACGCGAGGAUAGAGCAUUUUAUGCGUGCAAUGCAGCAGUCGAGGAGGCGGAGGCAUCCACAUUUAAGCCCUGUUCACUAGAGACGCAACUGUUGUUACAGCACCCGCCCCACGAGGCGUAUGCGCAAUUUCAGCUGGCAAUGAAUGAGACCGUUAGUGAUAAUGUGAGUGAUACGCUUAGUUUUAGUGCCGACUGCAAUCGACAAGUGCUUCUCUGUGAGCCCAAGGACGAGGAGGAGCACCAGCAAAAGCUGUUAUGCCAGCUGCAGCCGGAGCAGGAAACAGCAAGCCCCACCGCCCCCCAGACAGCGACAACAUGGCUCGACUAUCAUAUCGAACUGGGCGAUAGCCUGUGGUUGAACUUUACCGAGCUGGUGGACAGUGUCGGGGCCAGUAGCAUUGGCAGUAUCAGCAAUGCAACCACCAGCAUGGACAUGAUACUGUCCAACUACACGCUGUCCGACACAGCGCUGACCCCGACAACAACGACAACAGCAGCAACAGACAUUGUCAUAGCGAGAAGCCCUCUUGACUACUCGCCUCACGGCUACGACUGGCUGUUCCUAUUCGUGGUGUUUUUCAUAUUUGCCGGCGGGCUGGGCAAUAUACUUGUCUGCCUGGCCGUUGCACUGGAUCGCAAGCUGCAGAAUGUCACCAACUAUUUUCUCUUCUCGCUGGCCAUAGCCGAUCUGCUUGUCACCUUGUUUGUGAUGCCCAUGGGCGCCAUUCCAGCAUUUUUGGGCUAUUGGCCACUUGGCUUCACCUGGUGCAACGUCUAUGUGACCUGCGAUGUGCUCGCCUGCUCGUCGAGCAUAUUGCACAUGUGCUUCAUCAGUCUGGGCCGCUAUCUAGGCAUACGCAAUCCGCUGGGCUCGCGACAUCGUUCCACGAAGCGUCUGGCUGGCAUUAAGAUAGCCAUCGUCUGGGCCAUGGCCAUGCUGGUGUCCAGCUCAAUAACAGUGCUGGGUCUGGUCAAUGAGAAGAACAUAAUGCCGAAGCCGAAUGUGUGUGUGAUUAACAAUCGCGCCUUCUUUGUAUUCGGCUCGCUGGUGGCCUUCUACAUACCGAUGCUGAUGAUGGUGUCCACAUAUGCACUCACCAUUCCGCUGCUGCGCAAGAAGGCGCGCUUUGCAGCCGAGCAUCCGGAGAGCGAGCUCUUCCGUCGGCUGGGCGGCCGAUUCACGGUACGCCCGCAGCACAGACAGCAACAGUUGCAGAUGCACAGCAGUUUAACUAGCGAUAAUUACAGCAACAACAAGUGUCUGGCCAUGGGUGACAGCAAUCGGAACUUCAACAAUGCAGCCACUGGAGUAGGAGCCCGAACAAGAUGUACCAGCACGGGCGGGGGUGGCAACAACAAUGACCCCUCGGAGCGACCAUUGAUGCAGCAGCGAGCAACCAGCAAUCGAGUCAUCGGCAGCGUCAGUUUUCGCCAUGGGGCCAGUGGAGGUGGCUCUGAUGGCGGCAGCGGAAAUAUGUCCAAUAUUGGACGCAAUAGCUUCCGAUUUGCUGGCGGCGGCAUCUUGCGACAAUCUUCUCCGUCACCGAGCACCUCAUCCACAUCGUUUUCGGUGCGUGGCAAUUCCCAGACGAGCAGCUUCUGGCGCAAACACGGUGGCAAUCCCAACUUCAUGGACAGUCAUCCAAAUCGACGCGCCACGGUGCGUAGCAGCGUUUCUCAGCCACAAUUGGGUUAUGCGACAAAUGGAAACGGGGGAAGUGGAGUCGGGGCCGGAGGCAAUCUAACUGGCGGAGCAACAGGUGCGACAACGAGCUGCAUAACUGCUGAAGGCGGUGGCAACGGUGGCGCAAACAGAAUGAGCAUUGCCACCAUACAAGCACAAGACGGUGGCAAUGUCAAUGGCAAUGGCAAUGGCAAUCAUCCACUGGAGCAGGCAACGACAAUGACGACGACGACGGCGGCGAGGAUGGGCCAAAGGGCGUCAGAGGAGCGACGCUACAAGCUGCGUCCCUUUAAAUUUGCCCUAAAUCGUGUCGCCGCGCCCACGCUCAACUUGAGAUUUCUCAAUAGUCGCGCCAAGCGCAACAGUCUCUCGGCGAAUGCGGUCGCGACGGAGCAAAAGGCAACCAAGGUCCUGGGCCUGGUCUUCUUCACCUUCGUGCUGUGCUGGUCUCCGUUCUUCAUACUGAACAUAAUAUUUGCCGCCUGCCCCGAGUGCCAGGUGUCCGAGCAUGUGGUCAACACAUGCCUCUGGCUGGGCUACGUCUCCUCGACGAUCAAUCCGAUCAUUUACACCAUCUUCAAUCGAACAUUUCGAGCGGCCUUCAUACGCCUCCUGAAAUGCAACUGCAAGCGCUCGGGCCGCCCGUUACGCUAUCGCUCCGUGACCGAAGGACGCAGCGCCCUGAGCUUGUGCGCCCCCUCGGCCCUGCCGAUGGCCAUCUCGUUUCAGGGGGCUCCUCUAAUGACGCCAUCCACGACUAAUGCGACGCCGCUCAGCGAGUUCCGGGGCAGUUAUACCAUCAACGAUGACGAGUGAUGAGCGAAACGGAACGGAACGGAGCGAGUCGGGCAAAUACGAAUUUAUGGGCGAUGUUGUUAAGAAAGUGCAAGUAAUCGAAUGGACGGAUGUGGAAUUGAUAGCCAGAUGAAAUUAUUGAGCAAACUUCAAACUGUACUUUAAGCAUGUAAUCAAAUGUAAACUACAGGGUGAUUUAUUCAGAAUCAAACCAAUGGCGAUUAAAUAAUCGCCGACUUCUUACAAAUGUAGCAACUGUACCUAGAAAAAGAAACGCUAAACUUCUUAGUAAACUUCAUCAUAUCAUCAGACAGCCGGAAGGAGGAGUAUAUUGUGUGUAUUAGUAAGGCGUGACUGUACCUGUCAUAUUUCAUGCAAUCACAUUAUAGCUUUUAGUCAACUGUACUUACUAUCUUAGCAUUUCAGAAACCUCUGAUUACAGAUUACAUAUACAUAUAUAUAUAUUUUGAAAACUAUUUAAAACUAGUAUUAAUGUUUAUAAGUGUUUGUUAUUAACCGUAGCUGUGCUUAUUAGUCACUUGAAUUAGUUAUGUGUUAAACCUAAUUGUAAUUUAAACAAUUAUAAACUAAAUGUGAAAUUUACUUUUACUGAUAAGAAUUUCCAAACUGUCUUGACACCGCAAUGUCGAGCAUUCCAAUGUCACGGCAGCCAAUUUCUUAUUUUAUAUUAUGUGUGUAGCAGCUAGCCUCUAGGAAUAACUCUAAUGUCAUGUGUCAAAAUAUGAAAAAAGAUAUGGUAAAUAUAUGAAUAAAGUACAUACCUUACUAAAAGA